CCAACAUUAAAUACGGGAUACAACAGAAUCAGAAUCACUGAAAUUUCAAAUUAGACGCGUAUUCAUGCCAGCCUGGCAAAAUCCACAUUCCUGGCUCUCCUCUCUGGCCCCCACCUCUCAAAAAACCCAGUAACUUAUCUUCUUCUUCAGACUCCGAGACACACAGAAAAUCACACUCUGCAGCCACAACUAUGUUGGAAUUACAACACCAAGUCUUGCCCUUCUUCUUCUUCUUCUUCUUCAUUUCAGGUCAUGGUUUGGCCAACAGUGACCUCCCAUUGUUCAGAGAAGCGCCAGCAUUUCGAAACGGCAGGGACUGCCGUAAAACAGCGUGGUCAUCUCUCGAACAGUCGCACAAUCCCGCAAUCAUCCACAUCGCCAUGACUCUCGACGACACCUACCUCCGUGGCUCGGUCGCCGGUGUCUUUUCCGUGCUGCAACACGCCUCGUGUCCCGAGAACAUCGUCUUCCACUUCAUCGCCACGAACCGACGCGCGUCGGAGCUCCGGAGCAUCAUCGGCAACACAUUCCCUUACCUCAACUUCCACCUCUACCACUUCGACACGAACUUGGUCAAAGGUAAGAUUUCAUCGUCGAUUCGUCGAGCCUUAGAUCAACCGCUGAAUUACGCGAGAAUUUACCUCGCUGAUCUCUUGCCGGUGAGCGUGCGCCGCAUAAUUUACUUCGAUUCAGAUCUCAUCGUGGUGGACGACGUGUCGAAAUUGUGGAAUAUCGAUUUAGGGAGGCGUGUACUUGGUGCACCGGAAUACUGUCACGCUAAUUUUACCAACUACUUUACCUCGAGAUUCUGGUCAAAUCCGGCAUUUGCGGCGUCGUUUAGAGGGAGGAAGCCUUGCUAUUUCAACACGGGAGUGAUGGUGAUCGAUCUGUGGAAAUGGAGGAAGGGGAGGUAUACUGAAAGACUCGAGAACUGGAUGAGGAUACGAAAACGGCACCGGAUCUACGAAUUAGGGUCUCUGCCUCCGUUUUUGCUUGUAUUCGCCGGCAAUGUUGAAGGUGUUGAGCACAGGUGGAACCAGCACGGCCUUGGCGGUGACAAUCUGGAAGGUCGGUGUAGGAUUCUGUAUCCAGGUCCGGUGAGCUUGCUUCACUGGAGCGGAAAGGGGAAGCCGUGGCUGAGGAUUGACUCCAAAAGACCGUGUCCGUUGGAUUUGCUGUGGACCCCGUAUGAUCUGUUUAAACAUCCUUCUUUUUUCUCUGAUAUCUGACGGUGCAUUUAUGAUUCAUGGAGUGUUGACGUUGACGGCCGGGAAUCAAUGCGGGAAUUUGUCUGAUCAGGUGAAGGCGUCUGAUAUGGGAGUCACAGCCGUUAAAGUUCGUGAUUAACGGCUAGAUUUUGAGGAUGGAAAAUGGAAAUAAAGGUUGGUUACUCUAUGACUGGAUGCAUGGUGAUUGGUGAAUGCACGUGAUUUUCUUCUAGAAGAGUUGUUACUGGUUGCGUUCUUUUUGUUAAAUAAAUGUAAAUGUGGGGUUUUCACUUUUUUCAGUUGAUUUAGAAAGACCAAUCUUUUUAAUGGCAUCCGUUAUAUGUUCAAUAACACUAAUUCCUGUAA